AGUCUGCCUAGCAACAGGAGUGAGACGUCUGCUCUUUUCUUCUUCUCUGCAAACCGUCGCUCCUUUCCGCUCCGCAGGAAUUUCUUCUGCAGUAAUGGACUCACUGGGCGAAGGUCUGCCAACGACAGGUCGCAACAUUUCUAGGCAGGAAUGAGACUCCCCCAUCGCUGAGCUCAAGAUGAGAGAGUGGUGGAUACAUGUGGGUUUGAUCUGCAUCCCGCUGGUGGCCGUGUACCUGCACAUCCCGCCCCCUCACCUGUCCCCUGCCCUGCAGAAGUGGCACAGUGCCGGGGAGGUGUUCCACUUCCGAGGCAGGGAGAUCUUCUACAGAGAUUCCUAUGGUGCUUUGGGAAGCUCCGAUGUCAUCGUUCUGCUCCAUGGCUUCCCCACCUCCAGCUUCGACUGGAACAAGAUCUGGGAGCCGCUCACUCAGCGCUUCCAUCGAGUCAUUGCACUGGACUUCCUGGGUUUUGGCUUCAGUGACAAGCCUCGACCCCACAGGUACUCCUUCUUCGAGCAGGCCAGUGUGGUGGAGGCCCUGGUGGCUCACUUGGGUCUGAGCAAUCAGCGACUGAAUCUGCUGUCACAUGAUUAUGGAGACACUGUGGCCCUGGAGCUGCUCUACAGAAGUGACCAAAACCGCACGGGUCACCUGACCUUUAACAGCCUGUGUCUUUCUAACGGAGGAUUAUUCCCAGAAACACAUUACCCACGUUUGCUGCAGACGCUUCUGAAGGACUCCACUUUUCUGGCUCCAAUUCUGAUGCGUAUCACCAACUCUAUGAUCUUCCAAAAAGGGAUUGGAGAUGUGUUCGGCCCGUACACGCAGCCCACAGACGCUGAGUUCUGGGACAUGUGGACGGGUUUACGCCACAACGAUGGCAACUUAGUGUUGGACAGUAUUCUGCAGUACAUCAACCAGAGAUUGAAACACCGAGAGCGAUGGGUGGGCGCGCUCACCUCCACCUUCGUCCCACUGCACAUGAUCUACGGACCCCUGGACCCGGUCAACCCUCAUCCUGAGUUUAUCCGUCUUUACCAGCAGCUGGUCCAGAGGUCCACGAUCACCGUGUUGGACGAACACAUCAGCCACUAUCCUCAGCUGGAAGAUCCCACAGGCUUCCUCAAUGCAUAUUUCAAUUUUAUUAACUCUUUCUGAAGAGAUACCAAAUGCAAGGCAUUAAUUCAUGAAUUAAUUCAGACCUGUUAACAAGCAGUUUUGUUUUUUUGUUGCAACAUUUAUUCAGUGUUAGAAAUGGUCACAUGUGGUGCAGAGAGCUUUCCUGAUGAUUGUAGCCAGGAGUAGUGCUGCAUCAGUCUGAGCUCUAGUCACCGGUGAUGGGUUCAUUUACCAGCAUCUAUCCCUAAAUGUCAACUACCAUCGACGACAACUGUGAGCUAGCAACCGGACUAAUGUACUCGAUGUGAGUUUAUAGACCCUCUUCCAGCAUAAUACUGAAGGUUGUUAGGUCGUGUGAUUAUUUAACUUUUCUGUGGGACAGUUUUGAUUCCCUCCAUUUUCAGUUUUUAGUCCUACAGAUACAUUCUGAAAGAAUUUUGAUAUGAUUUUCUACAUUUCUCUUGAUGUCAAUGAAAAUGUCAACUUUUCUUCAAAUAAAACUAGUUUUGUAAUAAAUAAAAAAGGUGUGAAUGAAUGAAA